AUGGCGCCCCAAGGGAUAGCUCCCGCUGCACGCAUGCAGCAUUGGUCUGCUGCGAAGCUCAAGCGCGCAGUAGCCGCCAUGCUCCUCCCUCGCGAGGACGACGAGUGCAGCCCGCAACCAAAUAUCAAUCUGUGCGAGAAGCCCGGCAUUUCGACCGCCAAAAUUACCUGGAUUGUGGUUGGCAGUGUUUUUGGUGCCCUCAUUAUUUGCACUUUGAGCGUCCUUGCAUUUUUGCACCGCCGGAAGAAGAAGAGAGAUGCGAGCGAGGACAAGAGCGAUCGGUUCCAAGCGGCAGACUACGGUCUUGACGAUGUACCCUCCACGAAGCGAUCACGCGCACAUGAUAGCGACUCCAAAUUCUCGCCUGAGGGCUCACCCAGCGGUUUUGGUCGACGUUCAAGAGACCCUCUGGAUGCCCCCAAGGAAGCAAAGCUGAGCACCGCCCAGCUCAACGACCACUUAGACCCAUUUGACGAUCUGGACGGGACCAAUAACCAAUGGCCUAAGAGGGAUAGCAGCCGAGGCAGCCCGUUACGAGGGAGUCCCUUGCGAGGAAGCCCUCUCCGGGGAAGUCCUCUCCAGGACAAGUCAUGA